UUCAAUGUGCCAGUUGAUCCCGUUGCUCUCAAUAUCCCAACGUACCUAGACGUCAUCAAGAAUCCGAUGGAUUUAGGGACCGUUCUGAGCAAACUGGAAAACGGAUUCUAUGAACGAAAAGAGCAGUGGGUGGCUGACGUCAAGCUUGUGUGGGAGAACGCGAUGGUUUUCAAUCCCCCGGGCAACGACGUGCACGAGUGCGCAAGGCACAUGGCGAGCUACUUC